UGUCACUAUGUUGGACUUCUAACAUAAUUACAUUCCAGAGUUAGGUUCCCGUCGCAAGAUUCUAUUUGCAGCUGGUACUGUGCUUGCCGUCACCCUCAACAUGUUGAUCUGGUCAGAGGUGUAUCCGACUUGGAUGUCGGCUAACGUUUAUGGCGCCCUGCACUUUUCACACACUGCCGCAGUUUGGCCGGCGCAAGGCGAGUGCCGCUCUCUAUCUACAUCACAUACGUGUGUUAAGUUGUGUUCAAGGGGAACCUAGUCAUUAAAUAGUUUGUAGAACCGUUCGUACGUGAUAACUUAGAAUCCCAUUAGUUAUUUAAACAUUAAUGGUUGGGCCGAGGAGUGGACACCCUGUUAAAACGACGGCGUCUGCCGGGUCCUGAGACGAUGGCGUGUCAACCACGGAUGCCUCAAUCGUCCGGGUACCCCGACGGCGGUCAAUGUUCGCGUCGGGAACGUGCAGUGGUUGAAGUCGGCGUGUCCUCUCGAGAAGCCUGGGCGAGGUGGUAUGGUGGGAAAUCAGGAGUUGUCCAAUGCAGCGGAACCGCGGGCACAUGUCAUUACAUAGCCCGGGGGGGGGGGGGCUUUUUCCUUUCUCGAUGAGACUUUGAUUUAAACACGUUGUAAAAUAAAUCUUGGGCAGCAGCUGUUUUCAGUUCAAGUGAUUAGGAUUAGCAGGUUUAGCCCCGGCUGUGAGGGGGAGGUGGGAUGGUGGGAAAUGAGGAGGUGUCCAAUGCGGCGGAACCGCGGGCACAUGUCAUUACAUAGCCCGGGGGGGGGGGGGCUUUUUCCUUUCUCGAUGAGACUUUGAUUUCAACACGUUGUAAAAUAAAUCUUGGGCAGCAGCUGUUUUCAGAUCAAGUGAUUAGGAUUAGCAGGAUUAGCCCCGGCUGUGACAAUCUAAUGUAAGCGGAUCUCGUCUGCCCCUUCUUGGGACUGUCAGCCGUCUAUAAACAACUCGUUAAACGGAAGGCACGUUCUCAUGUCAUUCUCAGAUACAUUUAUUUCCAAAUGAUACAUUUUAAUAAAUUUCCUACUGGUGAACUAGUACAUGUUCAUAAUUUUACUGGGUGCUGCUAAUAGAAUUGGAAUAAAACAAAGUUUGAAAGCGAUACAAAAAUUAUAGCUUGAUAUUUCAAACACUGUCUACAAAAUGACGUAUGAAGUGAAUGCUAUAUGAAGUGGGUGCUGUGUUAAUUGAAUGCUGUUUGACGGGAAUGCUAUAUGAAGUGGGUGCUAUGCUAAUUGAAUACUGUAUGGCGUGCAUGCUGUAUGAAGUAAAUGUUGCAGGAAAUUAAUAAUGCAUGAAGUGAAUGCUGGAUGAAGUAAUUGAUGCAUGAAAUGAGUGAUGUAUGAAAUGAAUAUUGUAUGAAGUGAAUUAUGCAUAAGGUAAAUGUUGUAUUAAAUGAAUGUUGUCUGAUGUGAAUGCUUUAUGGUGUGAAUGAUGCAUUAAAGGAAUGUGGUAUAAAGUGAACGAUGUAUGAAGUGAAUGUUGUAUGAAAUGAAUGUUGCAUAAAGCGUAUGUUGUAUCGAGUGAAUGCUGCAUGAAGUGAAUGUUGUAUGAAGUGAAUAAUGUAUGAAAUGAAUGCUGUAUGAAGUGAAUAUUUUAUGAAGAGAAUGAUGUAUGAAGUGAAUGCUUCAUUUAGUUUUAAUGACAUCUUAACAAAACAACUUCAUGUUCCUUCACCUGACUCUAUCUUCCUACAGGGCGUUACAGCUUCACUGUGGUGACGGCGAUGCUGGACAUCGGCAGGGGGUCGUGGCCCUCGACCCAGAGCCGCUCCUACAACACGUACCUGAGGGAGUUCAAACAGUUGCUCAAGAUGGACGUCAACCUUGCCACCUACGUGGACCGGAAGACACAACGCUUUGUGCACGAACAGAGAAAGGAGAUGGGGAAUAAGACCACCACCAUCUUGGUGGGCAUGGAAGACUUACCUUACUUCAGGUCAGAGGUCAAUUUAACGCCACCGGAAUACCGAUACUGGUUUUUUAAAUAUCGAUAAGCAUUGACAUAGCUGGGGCUGGUUGGAUGGCUGGGUGGCUGGAUGGUUGGAUGGUUGGAUGGCUGAAUGGCUGGAUGGUUGGAUGGCUGGUUGGUUGGAUGGUUGGAUGGCUGGAUGGUUGGAUGGCUGGAUGGUAGGAUGGCUGGAUGGUUGGAUGGCUGGAUGGAUGGAUGACUGGAUGGCUGGUUAGUUGGAUGGUUGGAUGGUUCGAUGGCUGGAUGUUUGGAUGGUUGGAUGGCUGGAUGGCUGUGGGGUCAAACUGAAUAAAUACAUAUCUUGUUCAACGACAAGCAAAAACAAGACCAGCACAGAGGUCGGAUGAGGCGUGUUCAUUUUGUUUGGGAAUUUAUCUAAGGGUAGACAAACUCUGAAACUCCCGUAGGCGCCACGACAUUGACACAAUUUGACUUUCCGGCAACUCCUGGGGAACGCAUAAAGAGCACAUUGAGACACAAGAAGCACUGAGGAUCACCCACUGCAUCCUGGUCUAUUUCCAGUCGUCUUGACCAAGUCUUGCCAUUGAAUCAAAUAGGGCAUGGACGAGAGAGUGAGGCAACGCCGAAUUGCGAAACUCUAUCACUUUAAACCAAGUACAGUUGUAACUCACAGUCUACCCUGGGUCUUCUUCGCGAAGGACAAACAUACAUAUAUAGUUAUGGUUAGUGACAAGAUCCACCACACCACCUCCACCCCAAUAAAUAAAAUAAGUAAACUAACAUUUAAAAAAAAAAAAAAUUAAUUAAAAAAAUCUUCCGUUAGCCGAAAAUGACACCCCUCCAAAUAAAGAAAAAAAGUACGACCCAGGGCGGAAAACAUUGAUACCUUCAUACGAAGACACCACCCCACCUUUUCUCUCUCUCUCUCUCUCUCUCUCUCUCUCUCUCUCUCUCUCUCUCUCUCUCUCUCUAUAGUCAUGUUUGCAAAUUCACUGGAGUAAACUGAAUGUCAUGCCCAGCCACAAAAAAAUGUCUUCUACUAAAACACUAGAUCAUUAAUUCUAGUCAUGUUUGCAAAUUCACUGGAGUAAACUGAAUGUCAUGCCCAGCCACAAAAAAAUGUCUUCUACUAAAACACUAGAUCAUUAAUUCUAGUCAUGUUUGCAAAUUCACUGGAGUAAACUGAAUGUCAUGCCCAGCCACAAAAAAAUGUCUUCUACUAAAACACUAGAUCAUUAAUUCUAGUCAUGUUUGCAAAUUCACUGGAGUAAACUGAAUGCCAUGCCCAGCCACACAAAAAAAAAUGUCUUCGCCUCCAUCAUUUUCGGACCGGUAACUACUAGACCCUCUAUAAAACUAGAGUUAUACAUUUUAUUUAAUUUAGAAAACACUUACUGAAAGGCACAUGUGGCCAAAUUUACUCUCCUCCCCCGAAAACACACAAUAUUAAAUCGCACCACCCUCGGAGUCAUGGAGAGGAUUUUUUUGGUGCCAAGCGAAUCCAAAUUUCGGGACCCAAACAAAUUUAAAUAUAAUUGUAUCAAACGUAAUUUCACUUUCAAAAAUCGCCCUCCCCCUUGCGUCCAAAUCCCACUUUUGUUGUUGUUGUUGUUGUUGUUGUUGCUGUUGUUGUUGUUGUUGUUGUUGCUGACAGAGUCUUUAUUGUGUUACUCGUUUGUCUCCAUCGUUGUACUUCCUUCCCUUCCCCCACCCAUCUGAUUAUUGAUUUAGUGCCCAAAUAUUAACAACGUAGAUGACAACCAAAUUAGGCACAAAUGCCUCACUGAUUCAAAUCACAUAUUUACAUCUCAAGGUGGAAAAUAAAACAACAACAACAACUGCUUUUGGAUCAUUUUCACUCCAACAGAUACAGAGGUCGUAUAGCCGAGAUCAUGAACAGCUCAGAGUACAAGAGAGACAACGAGCUGGUCGCCCUCAGGCUGUGCAGGUCCUACAUUCCAGAGUAUGAUAUCUUGCAACUGUCAAAACUUUACUUCCUUCACAGGUGAGUUACGGGCACGUUGGUUUUAAGGUAGGUAGUAGCAGGUUGGUAGUUACAGGUUGGUAGUUACAGGUUGGUAGUUACAGGUUGGUAGUUACAGGUUGGUAGUUACAAGUUGGUAGUUACAGGUUGGUAGUUACAGGCUGGUAGUUACAGGUUGGUAGUUACAGGUUGGUAGUUACAAGUUGGUAGUUGCAGGUGGAUUGUUACAGGUUGGUUGUUACAGGUUGGUAGUUACAAGUUGGUAGUUGCAGGUGGAUUGUUACAGGUUGGUAGUUACAGGUUGGUUGUUACAGGUUGGUAGUUACAGGUGGGGUUUUACUGAAUGUAGAAUUGUAGAUUCAGGUGUGCAGUUACAGGAUGAUUGUUACGAGUUGAUAGCAACAGUUUGGUAAAAAAAAAUUCAUUGCAAUAAGUUGGUACUUUCUGUAUGGUAGCUACAGGUUCAUUGUUACAGGUUGGUUUUUACAGGGGGGGGGUAGCUACUGGUUUUUUGUUACAGGUUGGUUGUCACAGGUUAUUGUACAACACUUUGUAUUCUACAGGACGAUUUUAACCAACCCGUUUAACACAACGUACUUCGUGUGGAUGGAUGGUGGAUAUGGACACGGACAUGACAUAUAUCCUUCGGACGGUUCAUGGAUACCCAAAGAACUUUUGGAAAACCCAGGCCGAAUAACUUUUAUCGAGAGGCCGCCAGGGGUGCUGCACUACGAGAAGGUCAAGGACACGAUGCACAAGC